ACAAAUGCUUGGCUUUUCCUUCUCUUUCACUUUAGUUGAUCUACUCAUAUCCAUCAUUCCCUCUAGCCUCAAGAAAAAAAUCUCCAUCUCCUAGAUACAAACACUCACUUGGAUCUAAUAAUCUUCAAGGAGCUUCUCAGAUUCAGCUCUUAUGGAUCAUUUGUUACAACACCAGGACAUGUUCGGCAAUUACAACAAAGCACGAGAUGCCAUGGGAGUAUCAAGUUCACCAAACCCAACCGAAGUAGAUCACAAUCAGAAAAAACCCUCUCUGGCGACUGGGGCGGCGAAGCCACAGCCACCGGAUCUAGCCCUGAGAUGUCCACGUUGCGACUCAACGAACACAAAGUUUUGCUACUACAACAACUACAGCCUCUCUCAGCCUCGCUACUUCUGCAAAUCAUGCCGGAGAUAUUGGACCAAAGGCGGGACACUAAGGAACAUUCCCGUCGGAGGCGGCUGCCGAAAAAACAAACGGUCCACAUCUUCGGCGACAAGAAGCCUCAGAACCACUCCAGAACCAGCGUUCUCGGCGGCGAGUUUCGGUGGGUUUGGUAACAAUGAACACACUGAUCUCCGCUUAGCCUUUGCCCUGCUGAACAAGCAACCUCAGGGGAGUUCUUCGCAUAUAGGGUUUCCUUCAGCAUUCGGUAACUCUAACUCUCAUCAGUCUGACAUGGAGAGUGUGUUUGGAACAAGCCAGAAAAAUGAGAACGCUGGUUAUGCGUUUGGAAACGGCAGCAGCGGUUUGGAUAUGGCCAUGAGUGAUCCAAACAAGGUCUUAUGGGGGUUUCCAUGGCAGAUGAAUGCAGAGGGCUUUGGGAUGAUGAACAUGGGAGGAGGAGGUGGUCACGUAGAUCAAGUUGAUUCAGGAAGAGAGCUUUGGACCAACAUGAACUAUAUUAGCUCUGGUGCUUUAAUGUAGUUCAGAUUAAAACCUCAAUUUUAUUUGGUGUUUAAUUUAGGGUUUGGAGUUCAUAUUUAAUGGGAAGGAAAGAUGGGGGAUAGCUAUUUUAAAUGAUUAAGGAAGUAUUACAUAUAUUAGGGCUUUUAAAAGAGUUUCAAACUUGCAAUAUGG